AUGGCGACCUUCCUUGAGAACUCGUACAGUCUCGUGCACCUUGACAACACAGCGGACCAGCCGAGUCAACAGGACCUCAAGACACAACUAGAAAAGGGCACAGAUGAGACCAAGCUGGAAACCAUGCGGAGGAUUCUCACAAUCAUGCUCAAUGGCGAUCCCAUGCCCAAUCUAUUGAUGCACAUUAUCCGUUUUGUCAUGCCCUCAAAGAGCAAGUCUCUGAAGAAACUGCUCUACUUUUACUACGAGAUCUGCCCAAAGCUGGACGCCGGUGGGAAGUUAAAGCAGGAGAUGAUUCUUGUCUGUAAUGGCAUUCGGAACGAUCUCCAGCAUCCUAACGAGUUCGUUCGAGGCAACACGCUCCGCUUCCUUUCUAAACUCCGAGAACCCGAAUUGAUCGAACCCCUCCUCUCUGCCGCACAAACUUGCCUUGACCACAGGCAUGCCUACGUGAGAAAGAACGCGGUAUGGGCCUUGGCCUCUGUAUACCAGAACGCCCAGCACCUGAUCCCGGACGCUCCUGAGAUGCUCCACACGUUCCUCGCUGGCGAGAGCGACACAACCUGCAAAAGGAAUGCUUUUGCGGCUUUGAUGAGUAUAAGCCAUGACAAAGCGUUGGAAUAUCUCACCGGAGUCCUGGACGGAGUGCCCAACGCCGACGAGUUGCUUCAGUUGGUCGAACUUGAGUUUAUCCGGAAAGACGCUGUCCAAAACCAAGCAAACAAGGCGCGCUAUUUGCGAUUAAUCUUUGAUCUGUUGGAAGCCAACACGAGCACGGUUGUCUAUGAAGCUGCGACUUCACUGACGGCUCUAACGAACAAUCCGGUGGCUGUCAAAGCAGCUGCUGGUAAAUUGAUCGAGUUAAGCAUCAAAGAGGCGGACAACAACGUCAAGCUUAUCGUGCUUGAUCGCGUUGACCAAUUGCGGAGGCGAAACGAGGGCGUACUGGACGAUCUCACCAUGGAAAUCCUGCGAGUUCUAUCUAGCCCUGACCUGGACGUUCGGAGGAAGGCAUUGGCGAUUGCAUUGGAGAUGGUUUCCAGCAAGAAUGUGCAAGAGAUUGUCAUGCUCCUGAAGAAAGAAUUGAGCAAGACUGUGAUUGAGCAGUAUGAAAAGAACUCGGAAUACCGACAGCUCCUCAUCCAGUCUAUCCACCACUGCGCCAUCAAGUUCUCGGAGAUUGCGGCCAGCGUCGUCGACGUCUUGAUGGACUUCAUUGCAGACUUCAACAAUAGCUCCGCAGUGGACGUUAUUUCCUUUGUCAAGGAGGUAGUUGAGAAAUUUCCUAAACUGAGAUCAUCCAUCGUGGAACGGCUGGUGUCGACAUUGGGCGAGGUCCGUGCAGGAAAGGUAUAUCGUGGUUCGCUCUGGGUGAUUGGCGAAUAUUCGCUGCAAGAGAACGACAUCAAGGAGGCCUGGAAACGGAUCCGGGCGAGCCUUGGGGAAAUCCCUAUACUCGCCUCGGAACAACGGUUGUUAGACGAGCAGUCGAACGAGGAUGGCGAACCGAAAGACCAGGUCAAUGGCCACUCCGCGCCCAAGCCAGCCUCCAGUGGAUCACGGAAAAUCCUUGCCGAUGGCACAUAUGCGACAGAAAGCGCCUUGACCAGCGACUCCGCUGCAAAGGCAAGACUAGAGGCAGUUAAGGCGGCGCAGAAACCUCCGCUGAGACAGCUGAUCCUCGAUGGUGACUAUUACCUGGCGACGGUGCUUUCUUCAACCUUGACAAAACUAGUUAUGCGUCACUCGGAGAUCUCAACGGACCAGGCACGCACCAACGCCUUGCGUGCUGAGGCCAUGCUGAUAAUGAUCUCGGUUGUCCGAGUUGGCCAGUCGCAGUUUGUGAAAGCGCCCAUCGACGAGGAUUCCGUGGAUCGAAUUAUGUCUUGUGUACGAGCUUUGGCCGAGUUCACGGAGCGCAAAGAACUAGAGGUAUCCUUCCUGGACGACACUAGGACGGCCUUCCGGGCCAUGGUUCAGGCCGAAGAGAAGAAACGGGCGGCGAAAGAAGCAGUAGAAAAGGCAAAGACAGCCGUCCAAGUGGACGAUGUUCUUUCAAUACGACAAUUGUCAAAGAAGAAUGCGGGCGACGGCACAGAUGAAAUGGAGCUUGACCUGGAGAAAGCGACAGGCGGCGAUGCUUCGUUUGAAGAUCUGUCAUCCAAGCUGAGUCGCGUGGUGCAGCUUACUGGAUUUUCAGAUCCUGUAUACGCUGAGGCAUAUGUCAAAGUGCACCAGUUUGACAUUAUCCUCGACGUACUGCUGGUCAAUCAGACGACUGAGACUCUCCAGAACCUGUCGGUGGAGUUUGCUACUCUAGGUGAUUUGAAGGUGGUGGAACGACCGACUACACACAAUCUCGGACCCCACGACUUCCUCAACGUGCAAUCAACCAUCAAAGUGUCAAGCACAGACACAGGCGUGAUUUUUGGCAAUGUCGUUUAUGAUUCACCCUCGGGAACAGACACGCAUGUUGUCAUCCUAAACGACGUACAUGCGGAUAUCAUGGACUACAUUCAGCCAGCAACAUGCUCUGAAUCCGCAUUCCGGACAAUGUGGACCGAGUUUGAAUGGGAAAACAAGGUGAAUAUCAACAGCAAAGCGACCACGAAGACGCUGCGAGAGUUUUUGGAUCAGCUCAUGAAGAGCACGAAUAUGACGUGUCUGACACCGGAAGCCAGCCUGAAAGGCGACUGUCAAUUCCUGAGUGCAAAUCUAUACGCAAGGAGUGUUUUCGGGGAGGAUGCAUUAGCGAAUUUGAGCAUAGAAAAGACGGCGGACAACUCGAUUGUGGGAUUUAUUCGGAUUCGGUCACGGUCACAAGGAUUGGCUCUGAGCCUGGGAUCAUUGAAGGGACUGAAGGCAGGCACAUACUAG